AUUAAGAGACAUCAGAUGUGGUUAUUUUUCUUGUUUUUAGAAAGGAAAUGGAAAAUUGAUGACCCAGUAGAAAGCAACCAAGAAAAUCAAAAUGAACACUUUUGGCAGCUCGUAUUCACCACCAACAGAACCAUAAGUGUGGAAAGUGGUGCAAAAGUAAGGAAAACUUCCAGUCUGGGCACAGACCUUGUUUCUUCAAGAAAUUUUCCCUGUAAAAUUUGUGACUCAUGUGAAGUGAGCUUGAAAAAUAUUUCAGGCUUACUUGGUGGUAAAAAGAAUUAUUCCCGAAAGAAGCCUAAUGAAUUGAAUGUAUGUGAGAAGUUACUCCUUGAUAUUAAGCAUGAGAAAAUUGCUGCUGGAGGGAAAUCUUGUAAAUAUUUACAAAAAAGAAAUGGCCUAAGUCACCGCCAUGCUCUCGCUCAGCCAGUCCUGGACCCACCUUUUCAGUAUCGUGAAAAUGGACAAGGCUUCCAUGAGGAGUCAGCCUUUGUAGCAAGUCAGAGGUCUCAGUUGGGAGAGACAGCCUGUAAAUACAGUGAAUGUGGAAGAACCUUCAUAGGUGAUUUAAAACUCAGUGGAUCUCAGAGAACCCACUUGGAAAUGGAGCCAGACGAAUGCAGUGUGUGUGGGAAGUCCUACGUGGAUUUAAGAUUUGGACAUCAGAGAGCUCCCACAGGGCACAGUCCCUAUGACUAUAAUGAGUAUGGUGAAAUCUUCUGUGAUGAUUCAACUUUUAUUAUCCACCAGGGAACCUACUCAAGAAAGAUUUCUCAAGAAUACAAAGUGAGUGACAAAACUUGGGAAAAAUCAUCCCUCUUUAAACAUCAGAUAGUACAUACGAAGCAAAAGCCCUAUGACUACAAAGAAAAUGGGAAUAAUUUCAGGAAAAAGUCACAUAUUAGCCACCUUCGAAGAGGUCACUCAGGAGAAAAAACCUUUGAAUGUAGUGAAUGUGGGAAGACCUUCUGGGAGAAGUCAAACCUCACCCAACAUCAGAGAACACACACCGGGGAGAAGCCCUAUGAAUGUACUGAAUGCGGGAAAGCCUUCUGCCAGAAACCACACCUGACCAACCAUCAGCGAACACACACAGGAGAAAAACCCUAUGAAUGUAAGCAAUGUGGAAAAACAUUCUGUGUGAAGUCAAAUCUCACUGAGCAUCAAAGAACACACACAGGGGAGAAACCCUAUGAAUGUAAUGCAUGCGGGAAGUCCUUCUGCCACAGGUCUGCCCCAACCGUCCAUCAAAGAACUCACACCGGGGAGAAACCCUUUAUAUGUAGUGAAUGUGGGAAAUCCUUCUGUGUGAAGUCAAAUCUCAUUGUACAUCAAAGAACUCACACGGGGGAGAAGCCAUAUAAAUGUAAUGAGUGUGGGAAGACCUUCUGUGAAAAAUCAGCUCUCACAAAACACCAGAGGACUCACACAGGGGAGAAGCCCUAUGAGUGUACUGCAUGUGGGAAGACCUUCAGCCAGCGAUCAGUGCUCACAAAACAUCAAAGAAUUCACACCAGAGUGAAAGCUCUUUCAGCAUCCUGAAUGUGUGAGACCUCCAUACAGUUUGUCACAAGUGUAGUUUUUAAAAAUGAGAGAAAACCAAAGAUUGUCUUAAGUUACUAGAAAAUGACACCUUGUUUGAAUAUACAAGAGUGUUCCAGAAUUAACGCUUGGCAUUAGUUCAUGUGUACUGAGGAGAAAUCUGUUCAUUUAAGCUAUGUAGUUUAAAAAAGCAAAAA